GUUCCUGUCAGCCGGCGGAUCCCAUCGCCGGUUCCCCAUUGCCCCGCUCUUUUCGCGUGGGCCCCGAGGUGGAGGGACGAGCAAAAAAUGGCGGAGCGGAGCCAGACGGCGCCUGAGGCAGGCAAUGAUAUAGGAAAUGAUGAUGUCAUCGGAGGAAAUGUGAGCAAACAUACUGUGUUUCCAAGUGGAUACUGUGGACAGCCCAAGAAAGGACAUCUUAUGUUUGAUGCUUGUUUUGAAAGUGGUAACCUUGGACGAGUGGACCAGGUCUCUGAGUUUGAGUAUGAUCUAUUCAUAUCGCCGGAUACCUGUAAUCCACGCUUUCGAGUUUGGUUCAACUUUACUGUUGAAAAUGUGAAAGAAUCACAGAGAGUCAUUUUCAAUAUUGUUAACUUCAGCAAAACCAAGAGUCUUUACAGAGAUGGAAUGGCCCCUAUGGUGAAAUCUACCAGCAGGCCAAAAUGGCAAAGACUUCCCCCUAAAAAUGUUUACUACUACCGCUGCCCAGAUCAUAGAAAAAAUUAUGUGAUGUCCUUUGCAUUUUGUUUUGACCGAGAAGAAGAUAUUUACCAAUUUGCAUACUGCUACCCGUAUACAUACACCCGCUUCCAACAUUACCUUGACAACCUGCAAAAGAGAAAUAUGGAUUAUUUCUUUCGGGAGCAGCUUGGUCAGAGCGUGCAACACCGGCAACUUGACCUCUUGACAAUAACCAGCCCUGAAAACCUUCGGGAAGGGGCAGAGCAGAAGGUGGUGUUCAUCACAGGCCGAGUGCACCCUGGAGAAACACCCUCUUCAUUUGUUUGCCAAGGAAUCAUUGACUUCCUCGUUAGUCAGCACCCUAUUGCCCGUGUGCUACGGGAUUACUUGGUCUUCAAGAUUGCACCAAUGCUCAAUCCUGAUGGAGUCUACCUGGGCAAUUACAGGUGCUCUCUGAUGGGGUUUGAUCUGAACCGUCACUGGCUGGAUCCCUCUCCAUGGGCCCAUCCUACACUGCACGGGGUGAAGCAGCUCAUUGUCCAGAUGUACAACGACCCAAAAACAAGCCUGGAGUUUUAUAUUGACAUCCACGCCCACUCCACCAUGAUGAAUGGCUUCAUGUAUGGCAACAUCUUUGAGGAUGAGGAACGGUUCCAGCGACAGGCCAUUUUCCCCAAACUCCUCUGCCAGAAUGCUGAGGACUUUUCCUACUCAAGCACAUCUUUUAACAGAGAUGCGGUGAAAGCAGGAACUGGCCGUCGUUUUCUUGGGGGGCUGCUGGACCACACGUCCUAUUGCUAUACCCUGGAGGUCUCUUUCUACAGCUACAUCAUUGGGGGAACCACAGCUGCUGUGCCCUACACUGAAGAAGCCUAUAUGAAGCUUGGACGAAAUGUGGCAAGAACAUUUUUGGAUUAUUACCGACUGAAUCCCAUGGUGGAGAAAGUGGCGAUUCCCAUGCCAAGGCUGCGGAAAGAAAAACCCCCUUCCUACAAGCACCCACAUCUACGGGGCUCGGCCAGCAACUGCCCCAAUGGCAAAGGGGACAAGAAGAAUUCAGUGAACCACAAAGACCCUUCAAAUUCUUUUUAAAGACAUGGGGUUGGUCCAGAAAAGUCUUGUGGAGGCAAAACAUGCAUUUCCUGCUGGAGUGGAGUGGGGUGAUUUUAAUCACCCUUCUUUAGUUUCCAAGAUAAAAAUUGUUGGGAUAAUGAAUAAGCUAGUGAAAGAUAAAUGGAAAAUGAAAAAUUCCACCAUUGAUCUUUUUUCCUUCUACCAAUAGAAAAUCAAUUGUGAGACUUCAGCUUAAGGCUCCCGAACAAAAUAAGACACUCAAGCCAGGCAGGUACAGAUGCUUUUUCCCACAACAUGGAGAUUCUCACUGGAAAGAGAGAAAUCUUUUAAAAGGUUUGACAUCUUAGGUCAGUGCUUUCAAAGUCCCCUUAACUUAUUAAGUCGUAUAGUUAUUCCAGUAAGUUACCUUUUAAAUAGCUUCUGGUUGGUUGUUGGCAGUGUAGAAAUGCUGCAGCCAUACUUGCUAAUUCCAAGCAACAACAACUGUAUGUAUAAUUCAAAGACAUUGGGACCAAGGGGACACAAUUUUUGAAAUCACAGUAGUCCUAGACACAGGGUCAGUGAAUGCAUUUGUAAACUGCCUGACCACGGAAGAGGUGGUUAUUGCUAACCUAUCAGGAAGGGCUGGUUGAUUGCCAGCUAAGGCAAGUGCAAAAGACAAAGAGUGCAGUGCAGGGCAGGUGGGAGUGAUAAAAUAAACAAGACAGUAGCAAUUCCCAGGGUGGGGCAAGCACAAUAUUGUGCGUUUUUCUGAAGAGUACAAGUGCCUUUGUAUGAUGAAUGGGUCUGGGGAGGCAGCUCCCUUCCUGCCUGCCUAGCAGAAGGCUGAGUCACCAUGACAGCCUGCUAAUUAAAAUGACCUCCGGAAAUGAGGAUUAGGAGAUAGGGAGAGGAAGGCGAACUCAGGGGAGAUAGGGCCUUUAGCACAAACCUCCAGUUACAUAUUCUUUUCUUUGGGUUGGUGAUUUUUGAAGUGUGUUGCAAAAAUUGAGAGCAAAUCUUAUUCUCCCUUUGCUUAUUGGUUUUUGGAAAAGAUAACAAAGAACCAUAUGUUAGUUGGCAACAAAUAUCUUGUUGUAUAUACUCCCCUGGGUUCUUGUUGCCCAGAGGAACACAAAUAAAAUGUUUAUGCAGCUUG